CGUGACAAUUGACAAAGUAGGAAGCGUUAUCCGGCUUCUGUGCAUGCGAUUUACUUGCACGUUGUUUUACAAGUGUUUCAAUAUCACACAACGCACGUCUAAUUUGAACUUAAAGGAUCUCUAUGUUUUGUACUCUAUUCAUUUCUGAAAUCAACGGAUGCGUUGAUUGUUCCUUUUCUUGCACAACUAGUCAGUGAUCAAGGUCAAGAGUUGCUUGACGUAAGACCUUCAGUGUAAUCAACUGUGUAUACAGUGGUCGUGAAUCUCUUAACAAAUGGCCGGCUUAAUUAACUUUGAGGACGAAAAGGAGGUCAAGCAGUUCUUGGAUAAUUUAGGGGUGGAAUACAGUUAUCAGUGUUACCGGGAGAAAGACCCUGAAGGGUGUCAGAGGUUGGCUGAUUAUUUGGAGGGUGUGAAGAAGAACUAUGAGUCCACUGCACAGGUGCUCAAGCAUAACUGCCAGGUGAAUGGAUAUGGAGAGAGCUGCUAUAAGCUUGGGGCUUAUCAUGUCACUGGCAAAGGUGGCAUGACCGAGUGUUUAAAGACAGCGUACUCCUGUUUUAUGAAGGCAUGUAACGCCAAAGGGAAGAAGUCUGUGGACGCCUGCCAUAAUGUUGCACUGCUUGCCCACGACGGGAGAGCCAUGGAGGGAGGCACAGACCCAGUGGUGGCUCGUCAGUAUUAUGAGAAGGCGUGUGAGGGAGGCUUCGCCCCCAGCUGUUUCAACAUGAGCGCCCUUUUGAUCCAGGGGUCUCAAGGGGUGGACAAAAACAUGCCGUUGGCUCUAAAGUAUGCCUUGCGAGCCUGUGAGCUAGGACACGUAUGGGGCUGCUCCAAUGCCAGCCGAAUGUACAAACUGGGCGAUGGGACGGAUAAGGAUGAUCAGAAAGCAGAGGAGCUGAAGAACAGAGCUCGGGAGCUCCACGGACAGCAGAAGGAAAGGCAGCUGAAAUUUGGGGAGUGAGAUAACUGUGUUAAGGUUGUUGUCAGAUGCAACUGAUUUUAUGCAUCAGUAAUCAUAGAUCGAGACCAGUGUAUUGGUGCCUGUUGACAUAUGUGCUUGCUGUCACUCAAUGGCAUCAUGCAAUGGGCUUUCUUAUCAUUUUAUAAAAGCAACAUCAAUGAUGUUAAUAAAUGUUUUCUUUGAUACUGUACUCUCAUAACUGUGAUUCUUGUCUGAGACCUGAUAUAACACAGAGAUGGAGGAUAUUUAGUGCUCUGGUUUUUGUAAUAUUCUAUGGAUAUGGCAGAUAAACUAAACUGUGAGUUGUUAUAGGAGAUUAACCAUAUACAUAAAAUGGCCACAAGAGGGAGGCACACUCAAACUAAAAUGAGUACACAUACAAUACUUAAGGGUUUUUGUUGUUAGUGAUUCAGAACUGAUUCUGCUUCUUGCUGAGCCAACACUGUACCAAAUUUGUAUUUCUUUUACUUGGCAUAUAGUUCUGUUUUUCAUGGUUUUCAAAGAUUAGGGCAUAAUGUUACCAUCUGCCAAUGCUCAACCUUCAGAGGUGUUUUCUCCUCCCUUUUAAAUACUGAUAAACCUAUUUAUUUUGAUAUCUGUGCAUAAUAAUAUGGCUAGUUGUAUUUUAUUAUUUGUAUUUAGCAUUGUAGGUGCAACCUAGCAGUUAGGAACCACUGGUCUAUGUAACUCAUUUGAUCAUUUUGUAUCUUAGUAUAGACAACUGUGUUGUGUAAAGUACCAAAUCUUCAUUGUUAACUAAAGGUAAAGACACCUUCAUGGAAUUUGACUCAAGUAAAAGUUAAAGUUGCUCACAAGAA